AUGCCGUCUGACGAUGUGAAAGGUUGUACUGCAGGCGCUAUUGUUGUCGGCGGUUGUGGUGGCGAUAGGGAGGGAAAGAUGCUGUGCCGUCUUUAUAUGCCCAGGUCCGUCUCUCAGUCUCGAAAGAUGAAGAAGCCGCCGACGCGACGACGCGGCUAAGCUAGCGGGCCCCCGCUAAGCGCGUUUGCGCCAAGACAAGUAAUACCACAUACAUUGUGCCCUUGCGGAAACGUUCAAAAGCACUCACGCGCAAGGUAAGACUGAGGCAUGGUUCGAGCAAAUCAGUUUCACCGACACAUCACGGGGACUUCAGGGAAUCUGGAGUAACACAUAGAAAAAAAGAUAUAGCACAAAGUAAAACGAACCAGCCGGGGAUCCAACUACGCGCACCAAACGCCCCGCUAGCUCGGUGCAGCCACACGAGGGCCACGUCCAUUAACAAUAUUUCCGAAAUAGACAAAAGCAACAAAAAGCAAGAGGGGAAGCUGCGAUGCCGGCAUAGUCCGACAAGCUCUAAGAAACGCCAGGCCAUGGUGUGUAGAACUAUAAAUGGGGAAAUCCAGACAAGGAAUGAGUUUU